AUGCGACUCACACUGGACAUAAUCCGGCGCGCUCCACAGUUUACCAACACUUUGCUGGAGCGCGAGAUUGACCUCCGCGGUCUCGGUUUAACUGUUCUUGAUGAGCAGUUGUUGCUAAUGCUGAACGAUAGCUUUGACGUGUUGAACCUCUCGCAGAACCCGCUUGUACGCUUAGAAUACUUUCCUAUUGGCGGUGGUGGCAGCGCGGGUACGGCGGCGAUGGAGGGGACAACCGGUUUUGUAGACCCGGCGAAGAAAAUGAUGCUUCGCUUGAAAUCCCUCAUUGUGCAUCGCAACCGUCUUUCACAUGUAAGCGAGGCGACGUGUGCAGCAGUCCUUCCAAAUGUACGUGCCUUUUUGGCGGAUCACAACGAAUUUAGCGAACUGCGUGAUCUGUUGUUUCUAUCGCACUGGCAAAAGCUGGAGAUACUCUCCAUUGAACAUAAUCCGGUGACUCUUCGGGAAAGUGAGGCACGGCUGCGGGCGUUCGUUGUUUUUCUUUGUCCAAAACUAAAGCUUGUUAACUACCAGCGCGUCACGCAGGAUGACAGGCGCAAUGUGGAGAAGAUGCGGGAGGAAUUUGAGGGCCUUGUGGGGGAGUGGCGACGCCUCGGAGAAAAGAGUCGUGGUGGUCGAGGAAAUGAUGGCGAGAAAACAGGGAUUAAUUGGGGUUGCGUGGUGAACGGCAAAAAGAUGAGAAAACGUGGUCGAGAGGCUCGGGCGGCGGCAGCAGCAAAUUACAUCCACAGUGGCGAUGGUUUAGAUAAAAUGGCUUUGAAUGCGGGUGGAGCUUCCACUACGAAUACGACGACGACGACGACUACUGGUGUGGCUGCACUGGACGCUACACACAAGGCGUUUGACAGCACCCAAGCCCGUCUGGAGGCACUCGAGGCGAAGAUGGCGGCUGCGGAGACAGAAGAAGAGCUUCUGGAAAUACAGCAGGAGAUCAUGGAAUUGGAGGCGGCCGCAAAGCAACAACAGCAGCAGCAGGGGGCGAAGUCCAAACGAGCCCGCACCUCCUGA